UACGACAGCCUUUUCCUGUCAUUAUGACCUGCCUGGGCCACGCACCCCUUUACAAAGCUCUGGGACUUGACGGAGCAACCGAAUCAUCCCUGCCCAGAGAAACCGCUUCGAGUUGGGACGAGGGCGACACGGUCAGGAACGUAGAGAGCGAAGGGUGAGGAUUCCUAGGAACAUAUUUCGACAUCGCACUCGGUUAAGGAUGGCAGAUAUUCCCUCUCUGUCAGAGCCUCCAGUGUCGCUAGAACUGAGUGGCGACUUUAAGAAGCCAGCCCUGCCGGCGACCCCAGCAGUGCGGAGUAAGGCUCCGACCGCCAGUCCCGCAAACCCUGAGGAGGUGAAGAAGGAAUGGCCCACGGAGCCGCGGGACUCUGACUCUACGGAGCCCGACGUUCCGCCUCGGCGGGACAGCGGAGAGACUAGGAGUGUCCAGGAAGAGCAGCUGCGUCCCCCCACCGCGGUUUCCUCCCCUGGCGGCCCGGCUCGAGCUCCGCGGUACCGAGAGCCGCCGUGGGGCAGCCCAGCCACGGCCCCCUAUAGCCUAGAGACCCUGAAGGGCGGCACCAUCCUGGGCACCCGUAGCUUAAAAGGGACAAGUUGCUACCUUUUUGGGAGGCUGUCUAGCUGCGACAUGUGCCUGGAGCACCCUUCGGUGUCUCGGUACCACGCGGUGCUCCAACACAGGGCGUCCGACCCGGACGGAGAAUGCGAUGGCCACGAGCAAGGCUUCUACCUCUACGACCUGGGAAGUACCCAUGGCACGUUCCUCAACAAAACUCGAAUCCCUCCCCGCACCUAUUGUCGAGUCCAUGUCGGGCACGUUUUCCGCUUUGGUGGUAGCACCCGGCUCUUUAUUCUGCAGGGACCAGAAGAAGACCGAGAGGCAGAAUCCGAGUUAACAGUAACACAGUUGAAGGAACUGCGCAAGCAGCAACAGAUGUUGUUGGAGAAGAAGAUGCUAGGAGAAGAUUCAGAUGAAGAAGAGGAAAUGGAUAACACGGAAAGGAAGAGGAAUACUAGUAACCAAGAUGAUGAGAUGGGUUGUACCUGGGGAAUGGGAGAAGAUGCUGUAGAGGAUGAUGCAGAAGAGAAUCCCAUUGUCUUAGAGUUUCAGCAGGAAAGGGAAGCCUUUUAUAUAAAGGACCCAAAAAAGGCUCUCCAAGGUUUCUUUGACCGAGAAGGAGAAGAACUAGAAUAUGAAUUUGAUGAACAGGGACAUAGCACUUGGCUCUGCAGGGUGAGAUUACCUGUGGAUGAUUCAACUGGGAAACAGCUGGUGGCUGAGGCCAUUCACUCAGGAAAGAAAAAAGAAGCAAUGAUUCAGUGCUCACUGGAAGCUUGCCGGAUCCUUGAUACUUUGGGAUUGCUGCGGCAGGAAGCAGUAUCUCGGAAAAGGAAAGCCAAGAACUGGGAAGAUGAAGAUUUUUAUGAUAGUGAUGAUGACACAUUCCUUGAUCGCACUGGCCUUGUGGAGAAGAAGCGUCUUAACCGAAUGAAGAAGGCUGGGAAGAUUGAUGAGAAGCCAGAGACCUUUGAAUCACUGGUUGCAAAGUUAAAUGAUGCUGAAAGGGAACUCUCUGAAAUUUCUGAGAGGCUCAAGUCCUCAAGCAAAGCUCUGUCAGAGUCCCCACCUCAGGAUUCUUUAGAUGCAUUCAUGUCAGAAAUGAAAUCAGGGAGUGCAUUAGAUGGUGUGUCCAGGAAGAAACUUCAUCUCAGAACUUUCGAACUGAGGAAAGAACAACAGAGGCUUAAAGGGUUAAUAAAAAUUGUAAAGCCAGCAGAGAUUCCAGAACUAAAAAAGACUGAAAGUCAGACUACAGAUACAGAAAAUAAAGCUAAGAAACUUACACUGCCUCUCUUUGGUGCUAUGAAAGGAGGAAGCAAAUUCAAGUUAAAAACUGGAACAGUAGGGAAAUUGCCCCCCAAGCGUCCAGAACUCCCUCCGGCUCUAAUGAGAAUGAAGGAGGAGCCUGAAGUAGAAGAGGAGGAGGAAGAAGAAGAUGAAGAAGAAGAGAAAGAAAAGGAGGAGCACGAAGAGAAAAUGGAGGAUGGAAACAGCAGGUUGCCACAGGAGAUAGAGCCAGAAACUUCAGUGCAGGAAAUGAGUUCUCCCACAGAUCUCACAUGUUCUAAGGAAACAAAAAACCAUGAAAACAUGUCUCAAAUCAGCCACAUGGAACAGAAGAAAAAUUAUCAAGAGAUUAAUGAAACAUCUUCAUCAUGCAAAGAACCAUCAGCACCAAAGAAUGAAUAUGAGAAAAGCAGAGAUGAAUUGAAGAAAAAGAAAGCUCCUGGUCCAGGCAAGUUUCCCCCCACACUUUCUUCUAAAUAUCCCGAAGAUGACCCAGACUACUGUGUGUGGGUUCCACCUGAAGGCCAAAGUGGAGAUGGCAGAACCCAUCUUAAUGACAAGUAUGGCUAUUGAUUACAUCAGAGUCCCAGAGGAAGAUCUUGUGGACUAUGUGACAUAGAGUAUUUGGAAUAAUAUGUGAAGUUGAAUGGCCAGAGAAGUUCAGAUGAUCUUAUGUAAAAUCUGGUGACUGACUUUUUCUUCCAUGCUCUUGGCUUCUUGAAUUUAUCUUGUUAUCCAGUUCUCCUGAUUUGGGAAUUUAUGUUUAAAAGUAUUUAUGUUUGUAUGUAUAUAUGUGUGUGUGUGUGUGUGUGUGUGUAUGAAGGGAACCAUAUAUUUUGAGAAAUAGUAAAGUGAGAAACAGGGACGCUAUUAUAAAAUGAAAAGUCAAAGUGCCCCUAAUACUGAUUUAAGAUGAUAGCCUGUUUGAUUUAAGAUUUAGGGACUGUGGGUUAGAGGUGUAGCUUGUCUAGCAUGCUUGAGGCCUUGGGUUCCAUCCCCAGAAACACAAUUUUAAAAAAAGAUGGAGAAUUGUGCUUUCCUAAGCAUUAGGCUAUGUCUGGCAGUUAGGGUGUAGAAUUCACUAAUAUUGCUUCCUCAGAUGUGAAAUAUGAAUAUUUCAUGGAUCUGACUCUGGAUGUCCUUGUCAUUCUUAGAACUAAAUUUAGAUUGACAGUGAAAGUUUCCUACUGCCUCCAACCCUAAUCCUCCCUCUACAUUUGAGAAUAGACCCUGACUUAUCAGGACAAGGUUAACCAUAGCACCAUCUCAUAUACUCGGGCCCCAGUCUGAUAAAAACUCAGCCCAUUGAAUAUCUUGGCUCUGACUAAUCAAUUAGUCAUCCUCCUCUUACAGAAGGGUGCAAAUAUUGUUAUGGAAUGAAAAGUUGAAUGUGUUCCGCCCAAUGUGUGUUUUCUCACCUCUGUGUUUUCCUCUUGGGAACAAAGAAAUGUAAAAAGAUGUCUUACUCCACCCCUUUUCCCCAUGAUUAAUGCCUCACUUUACUUCCAUAGAUAGAAAGCGGGAAAGUGAAGGGAUGCAGCAAGGUAGAGAGCAUUUGGGUUAGGCUUAAGGCAGACAUUGGGGAGAAAUGCUGUGGCCCAGCCAGAGAGUGAAUGAGACUGGUUGCUUUUUUAUAAUGGAUUACGCAGUAUAUACAACAGUAGGCAGGAAGAAGUAAUGAGCCAUUCCAGUUACCGUGACAGAUGGGGGAAGUUCUGGUCUACUAAAAAUAAGUCCUUCAUCUUUCAAAAGAGAGUGUUGGUACUCUGAGAAACUUACUUUGGACUUCAUUCAGACCAAUAGGGAGAACUGAUUGAUGAUAUAAGAAGUGUCAGGAAUUUGGGGGCAGUGUUCGUGACAUUUGGAUUAAAACAAUGGACAGAGGUCUGAGCCACAUCAGUGGUCUUUGCAUAUGAAAUUCUAUUCAAACACAGUUGUAUGUGUGAGCCUAAUAUUUGAAUGGUAAAAAUAUAUCUGCUCUGGGUGAAGUGAAGGUGCAGGGAUUGGAGCUACUACACACACACAUCCUCUCCUCCAGUGACCCUAAGGAAUCCCAGGAGCUAUAGGAGGAUAGACAGCUUUAGGAGGACAGAUUUCUAAGGUUCUGGGAAUAGUAGGUAUGCUUUCGUUUCUACAGACACUGAAAGCAAGUGGGAUUCCACAUGCCAAAAUAAAAUCUAAAUAUGUAAUUUGUGGGCAGUGGACUUGAUUUAAAUGACCUACACAUGUUUCUUAGCUGCCUUUUACUAAAUAGAGACUGGGAAUAGGACUAAAUUCUCUGAGUCUCAAUUUUGUUAUCUCAAGCAAGGCUAGCAAAGCUUCCUGCUCCUAGAACCUCAAAUGUACUUAAGGAUUGGAUGAGAUGAUGGAGGUGGAUUUAGUACGGGACUUUAUAGAUGUUAGUAGUUGUUAUUUUAAAAAGGGGACACAAGCCAGGCAUGAUGAUGCACACCUGUGUAAUCUCAGCAACUCAGGAGAAAUUUAAGUUUUUAGUUAUAGUACUUGGAUCUUAACUGCAGACCAAUUGAAGCAGAAUCCCUGAGGUGACCCCUUCUACAAGGGGUCUCUGAUGUACAACCCAGGGUGACAAACCUCAAGAGUACUUUUUUCCUACAGCCAAUUUUUUUCUAUAAGGGCCAGGUAUUUUAGGCUUCGUAAGCUGUAUGAUUUGUUGCAUGCAACUACUCAGCUCUGCUUUUGUAGUACACUUGUAAAUAGCAUUAACAAUAUAUGAGUGAGUGUGACUUCUUUCCAAUGUGUUUAUUUAUAAAAACAAAUAGCAGGCUGGUUGGCAGACCCCUGGUCUAGACUGAUUCAUCUUCAAGGUCUUAUUUGGUUCAAAAUGUUCCCUUAUACCUUUUUUUUAAAAAGCGUGUCCCAGUUCAUGCAUAUUUGGAAGAUUUGUAUUCAGAAUACCAAUUAUCUCCUCCUGAAUAUAUGGGUUGCAGUUUAUGGUUACCAGAAGUUAAAGUAAACCAGUCUCUGCCACGCGACCAGCACGAGCUUCAUGAAAGAAGGUUCGGUUCAUAAGAAAUUGCUAGUGAGUUUUAAAUUAAAGAGACAGACUCUCAUUACCUUUAACACAGCUCCAAGAUGGCUUCUCCUAGCUCCCGCCUCUAGCCACCUAAUGUGGUGGUGAGGUUUACAGAAGAGACUAGUGAGAGAGGGAGAGCAUGCCAGGGAGUGAGAUUUUAUUGGAGAACAAAAAAUUCCAGGGAAAAUCCCAUCCAAUGAAGGUUAAGGGGGGCAGCAUCCCAAGGUCAGGGGCGGCGAUUGGGUCUUCAGGUCAGUGGCCAGGCACGUCUCUGCACAGACAAGCCCUCGGACCUGGGAAAGGGUGGGGAAGGCUUUUAACACCGCUGUGUUUAAGCUCCUCUCACCCUCCCUCUUGCCAGGGAGGUAACUCAAAUCACGUGCAAAGAUCGCCUCCCACAAGUCUCCUUUUCUCAGAAAUAAAAGUAAGGUUAUUUAGUCAUUAGAAAAAAAUACUUGGUCGCAGCAGGAACACAAUAGUUAACUGCAAGCAGGGUGUCCCUAGUCAGCUGUCCUGGACAAGAAUUCUGAACCUUGAAUUCUCCACACUCAACCUAUAGUGUGGAGAAAGAGUGAAAAAAGGUGAGAAGACUCGGGGACCAGUUAGGAGCCAGUGGCAGCAGUCCAGCUGAGAGAUUAUGAUGGCUUGAAUUCAGUGGAGAUCGAGAAGGAAAGAGACACAUGGAUCUUAGCAAUAUUUUUAAAAGUAGAAUGACUUAAGUUGAGUGGUGGGGGGGUUGUGUAGGGUAAACGAAAGGAAUCCAAGAAGAUUCCUAGGCUGCAAAUUUCCACAUCUGAGUGGAUGAUGGGUCAUUCAUUGAGGGGGGAAAUAAGAAGCGCUGGUGUAAAAGUGGAGGGGUCAUGAAUUCAACACUUUGAGGCACCUAAAUAAAAUGUCCACCAGGCAGUUGAAUACAUAGGCCUGGAUCUCAGAAGAGAGGGCCUAGGAGCAGUUAUGGCUGUCCAACAAAUGAACCUCAGCAUUGGGAUGGGGAGAUCCAGUAGGAUUCAUUAGAAUCUAGGUGACCGACAGGAAUUAUGCAGAGAAACCACUGUCUUGGGCAGCUGAUCUUCCUAUCUUGGUGCAGGGAACAAAUUUUUUUCCUGGUUAUAGGUACUCAUUUGUUGUAAGAAAAAGAUAAAGUGUGGUACCAUGUGAACAGUGGAGAAAAAAUGUCAAUGUAUGUAUUUAACAUCAAAAUAAGUCUCUUGAUUCACUAUAGGAAUUAGGGGCCUAAAACUUACCUAAAAGGUCAAAACUUUUCUUAAUUGUUUUUUAUUUAAAAUUUCCAAAAAUAGCUAAGAUUUAUUUAAUGUCCCCAGUGUGUCAACACUAUGCUAACUGCCUGUAUGAUUCAUUUAAUCUUAGAUCACUGAAGUAGUUCUAUAGUUGAGGAAACUGAGGCCCUGAGAGUUAAGACUUGUCUAAGGCCACUCAGUAGUCUGUGAAUUAGACUGAAGCCCAAACAGUCUAAUAUCUAAGUCCGGCUCUUAACCCUCCAGUACAUUGCUUUAACAUUUUUAAUAUACUGUAUUUUAAUUUUUUUAAAUAUUUAUUUCUUAGUUUUAGGUGGACACAGUGCCUUUAUUUUAUUUUUACGUGGUGCUGAGAAUCGAACCCAGUGCUUCACACAUGCUAGGCAAGCGUGCUAUCACUUGAGCCACAUCCCCAGCCCAAUAUACUGUAUUUUUUUACAGAAGUUUUAGAUUCACAGCAAAGGUGAACAGAAAGUACAGACUAUUUCCAUCCAUGCCCUGUGCCCCACACAUAUAGUUGUCCCAGUCCCCACCAGAGCCUGCAUUUGUCACACUCAAACCUACACUGAUAUGUUAUCACUGAAACUCCAUAGUUUACUUUAGGGUUCUCUCUUGGUGAUGCACAUUCUGUGAAUUUUGAUAAAUGUAAAUGACAUGUACCCACUAUUACAGUACCAAACAAAAUAGUUUCACUGCCCUAAAAGUCCUGCAUGAUCCACCUGUUCAUUUUUCCCUCCCCACCAAUCCCUGGCAACCACUGAUCUUUUUACUGUCUCCAUAGUUUUGCCUUUUCUAAAAUGUCAUAUUUGGGUAUUACCUUAAUUUUUAAAAAUUCCCUGAAUAAUUAAACAGGCCUCACAGAA